GUCUCCUUCAGCAGCAUGCCCUCAGAAAAGAAAAUAAGUAGUGCAAGUGACUGCAUCAGCUUCAUGCAAGCUGGCUGUGAACUGAAAAAAGUCCGACAAAACUCUCGUAUUUAUAAUAGAUUUUUUACUCUUGACCCUGAUUUGCAGGCACUUCGCUGGGAACCCUCUAAAAAGGAUUCAGAGAAGGCAAAACUUGAUAUUUCUGCAAUUAAAGAGAUCAGAUUAGGGAAGAACACGGAAACAUUCAGAAACAAUGGACUUGUGGAUCAGAUUUCGGAAGACUGUGCCUUUUCCAUAAUUCAUGGAGAAAAUUAUGAAUCCCUAGACUUAGUUGCCAAUUCAGCAGAUGUGGCCAACAUUUGGGUAUCAGGUUUACAGUACCUGGUUUCUCGUACUAAGCAAUGUUUGGAUUUGAUAGAGAGUAGCCAAAAUACUCCACGGUUUGCUUGGCUUACCUCUGUAUUUGAAGCUGCAGAUGUUGAAGGCAAUGGGAUUAUGUUGGAGGACACAGUUGUAGAAUUAAUAAAACAGCUGAACCCAGCCUUAAAAGAGUCCAAAAUCAGAUUAAAAUUUAAGGAGAUUCAAAGGAGCAAAGAGAAACUAACAACUCGUGUAACAAAAGAAGAAUUUUGUGAAGCAUACACGGAGCUUUGUACAAGACCUGAAGUUUAUUUUUUGCUAGUACAAAUAUCUAAAAACAAAGAGUAUGUAGAUGCCAAGGACCUUAUGCUUUUUUUAGAAGCUGAGCAAGGGGUUGCAGGUAUCACUGAGGACGUUUGCCUCGAUAUCAUUCGUAGAUAUGAAUUUUCACAGGAAGGGCAGUUGAAGGGUUUCCUUGCAAUCGAUGGAUUUACACAAUAUUUGUUGUCUCCAGAAUGUGAUAUUUUUGAUACCACACAUAAGAAGGUUGUUCAAGACAUGACCCAGUCUUUAUCACACUAUUAUAUUAACUCAUCUCACAAUACUUAUUUGAUAGAAGACCAGGUCCGAGGGCCAGCAGAUAUCAAUGGCUAUAUCAGGGCACUGAAGAUGAGCUGUAGAAGUAUCGAACUGGAUGUUUGUGAUGGGCCAGAUAAUGAGCCCAUCAUUUGUAACUGUAAUAAUAGGGCAUCACCUUUGUCCUUUAAAUAUGUAAUUGAAGUAAUCAACAAAUUAGCCUUUGUUUCUUCAGAGUAUCCUCUUAUUCUCUGCUUGCAAAACCACUGCUCUAUACAGCAGCAGAAAAUCAUGGCUGAACAUAUGAAGAAGACUUUUGGGACCAAACUGUACACAGAUGCACCACUAGUAUCAGAAACGUAUCUGCCAUCUCUAGAGAAACUGAAAAUGAAGAUUAUUAUCAAAGGAAAAAGACUGCCUUAUGGUAAGGAUUUAUUAGAAGGAGAAAUCACAGAUGAAGAUGAAGAAGCUGAAAUAUCUCGCAGAAAGUCUGAAGAAUAUUUAGGGGACCCAAAAAUGUCCUGGCUAUGCAAAGAGCUUUCUGAUCUUGUAACUGUAUGUAAAUCAGUGCAAUUCAAGGAUUUUGAGAACUCAAUGAAAAAUCAGAAUUAUUGGGAAAUGUGUUCCUUCAGUGAAGGAGAAGCCAGUAAAAUUGCAAAUGAAUGUCCAGAAGACUUUGUCAAUUAUAAUAAGAGAUUUCUGUCUCGAAUAUAUCCAAGUGCCAUGAGAAUAGAUUCCAGUAAUGUAAACCCACAAGACUUUUGGAACUGUGGUUGCCAGAUAGUGGCAAUGAAUUAUCAAACACCGGGGCCAAUGAUGGAUUUACAUACUGGAUGGUUUCUACAGAAUGGGGGUUGUGGUUACGUCCUUCGACCUUCUGUUAUGCGAGAAGAGGUGUCUUACUUCAGUGCAAACACAAAAGGCAUCGUCCCAGGGGCUUCCCCACAAGUUUUACAUGUCAAAAUCAUCAGUGGACAAAACUUUCCAAAGCCCAAAGGAGCCUGUGCCAAAGGGGAUGUCAUAGAUCCUUACGUGUGUCUAGAAAUCCAUGGUAUUCCUGCAGACCGUACAGAGCAGAGGACUAAAACUGUUCAGCAGAACAGUGAUAAUCCUAUUUUUGACGAGAGUUUUGAGUUUGAGAUCAACUUGCCAGAGCUUGCCAUGAUCCGUUUUGUAGUCUUGGAUGAUGAUUAUAUUGGUGAUGAAUUCAUAGGCCAAUAUACGAUUCCCCUGGAAUGUUUACAGUCAGGCUAUCGACACGUACCUCUGCGCUCCUUUGUAGGGGACAUCAUGGAGCAUGUUACACUUUUUGUGCACAUUGCAAUAACUAACCGGAGCGGUGGAGGGAAGGCCCAAAAGCGUAGGCUGACGGCUAGAAUAGGAAUGAAAACUAGAGACUAUACUAUGCUGAGGAACACAAGCCUUAAGAUUAUAGAUGAUAUCUUUAAGCUAGCAGUACACCCACUGAGAGAAGCAACUGACCUGAGGGAGAACAUGCAGAAUUCCAUUCUCUCUGUGAAAGAACUUUGUGGCCUCCCACCGAUUACAAGUCUGAAGCAAUGGAUUUUGACCUUGGUUUCACGGCUUGUGAACAGUGACAGUGUCCCUUCAGUAGCGCUCUGCAUGAAGGACAACUUUCCUUAUCUAGAACCAUUGGGAACUCUGACAGAUGUGCAGAAGAAGGUUCUAGCUGCUUAUGACCAGAUGAUUCAAGAGAGCAAGUUUCUUGUAGAAACAGCAGAUACUGUAUACGACAAAAUCAUUCAGUGUCAGAAAGCAGGCAUGGAGCUCCAUGAAGAACUACAUAACUUAGGAACAAAGGAAGGCUUGAAAGGAAGAAAACUCAGCAAAGCAAUUGAGAGUUUUGCAUGGAAUAUCACUGUGCUGAAGGGACAAGGGGAUCUACUGAGGAACGCCAAAAAUGAAGCCAUAGAAAAUAUGAAGCAGAUCCAGCUGGCUUGUUUAUCAUGUGGACUGAGCAAAAGUGGAAGUGGGAACUCGGAUGCCAAGGCUAAGCGAGGUCCUGAGCCAAUCGAAAAAAAAGAGACAAGCAGUGAGAAUGCCAGGCUCUGAACAAAGCCAACGGUGUC